AUGACAAUUGAAUUACCUGAAGUAACUGGUGGUCCAACAUGGAUACGUAAAAUGCGUACAUUAUUUCAUCGUCUUGAUACAUCAGGACAUGGUUAUUUAAUGGUUGAUGAUAUAUUAGAAAUUGGUACAUCAUUAUUUAAUAUUUAUCCUAAAAUGUUAUCAUAUAAAUAUGAUGAAUUAGUAAAAACAUUAGUUUAUUUAUGGUAUGAUGUAAUAUGUAUCCAUGUGCCAAGGCAGUUAGCAACUACUAUUACUAUAAAUGAAAAUUUAUUUAUAGAAAAUUUAUUAAAAUCAUUAAAGGGGGAGUUACAUAAAAAUUUUAAUGAAAAAUUUAUUGAACCAUUAUUUAAUUCAAUAGAUCAAGAUAAUGAUCAAUUAAUUACAUUAUCAGAAUUUCAAUCAUUAAUGUUAUCAUGGAAAUCAAUACCAAAAAAUUGUGAAUUAAUUUUUCGUUACUAUAGUGAUAAAAAUAAAUUAUCUAAAGAAAAUUUUUUAAAAAUUUUUAUUGAUUUUUUUAUAUUAGAUAAUUCUAAAAGUAAUAUAAAUCAAUUAUGGGGAUUAUUAAUUAAUUAUAAACGUGCUGAAGAUUAUGGUAUUAUAGAUUGUGGUCCUGUAUGGGAAAGUAAAAUACGUACAAUGUAUAGACGUUUAGAUAUAAAUGAAACAAUGAAAUUAAGAUGUCAUGAUUUAUUACAAAUUGGACAAUUUUUAAUACAACGUACACAUUUAGAUAGACGUCGAGCAGAUGCUGUAAUGCGUUCUAUGUUACAUAUAUGGGUGAAAUUUUUGGCUAUAGAUAAAAAUGGUGAACAUUUAGAUGAAAUACGUGAAAUUGAAUUUGUUCACAAUAUGAGAGAAAUGAUUAAUGGUGAAUAUCGUCAUGAAAUUGAUCAAUUUGGAUGGACAUUUUUUAAAGCUAUAGAAAUUGAUAAUAGCGGUUAUAUAUCACAAGCAUCAUAUCGUAUAUUACAAGAAGCAUGGCAUGUUGGAAGAGAUGAAGCUGAAGCAAUGUUUAAAAUAUUAGAUACUGAUAAAGAUGGUAAAAUAAGUAGUGAUGAAUUUCUUACAGCAUGGAAUGAUUAUUUUCUUAGUGAAGAUCCACAAAGUCCAUAUAGAAUGUUUUUUGGUCCAGUUAUUUCACGACCUACAGAAGCUAGAUAA